AUGGCUUCGUCACAGUCGCACGAUGCGGAUGUGAUCGCUGGCUUCAUCAAUCUGGGUGACGUGUCAGGCUUGAAGAGAUUCGCAGGCCGCGACUUUGACUGGAACGCAUGCCUGACAUUCGGCGGAGCUCGCAUGCUGCCGCUUGCAGCUGCAAUUAGCGCAAACAUCGCCGACCCCUCCUAUUCUGGCAACGCCAUCCAAGUAAUUCAAUGGAUGAUAGAGGCCGGAGCAAGCCCAAGACACAGGGCACCACACACGGUAAAGGACUCGUGGUCAAUGUGGAAAGAGGAUGAUACUGAAAAGACGAAAAUGUCAGUAAACUUGGCCGGACACUCUGCAAUUUCAUACGCCUUCAAGUGGCUAGAUGAGAUGCGCAAGCGGAAGGGUGGAGCAGACUGGUCUUCAUCCAUCAAGUUUCUUGAAGUUGUGGUGCGUACCUUGGCAAGUGAGCCAUCUACGACUCCAAAAGUUGGAGUGCAUCACAGCGUCUGUGAGCUCUGGGAGUCCAUCCGCGAGUUGACUUCCACGCACAACGUGAUCCUUGAGACCUCCGACGGCGAAGUCUCAGCCCACGACCAUGUCCUCAUGGUGGCCUCGCCUGUUCUGAAGGCCAUGUUGGGGUCCUCCAUGCAAGAGGGCGCCAGCCGGCGAAUCCCCAUCCGAGACUCGCCGAGCGCCAGCGUGUCCCUGUUCCUGGACAUUCUCUACGCUGGCUCGACGUACAGUGAUCCAGACUACAAGACCAUGCUGGUUGCGCUGGACCUGGCUCACCGCUGGCAGGUCCCUGGCGUGGUGGAAAUGCUCUCGGCUCCUCUCAGGGAGAUGAUUACCGAUGAGAGCUUCGUGGCUAUCGCCGAAGCUUCGCUGCUCAAAGGCCUAGAGCCCUUGCAACGAGCCUGCGCUGCUUUCGGAGCCAAGAACGCCAAGAUUCAGGCUUUGCUCAAAGCGCGAACACUUCCAACGGCCGUGUCGAGGCUCUUGGGGUCGCGCGAGCCAGCCGAGACCGAGCAGAAGAAAGCCAAGAAGCGACGGACGUUUUGA